CCUGCCCCACUUUGGGCAACAAGCUAGUUUCACAUGAAGCCGAACAGUCGAAUCAUCAAGAGACUUGAACUUCCUGUUUUGUGCCUCAUGUGCUACUCCUCCCUCUCUGCUCUUCCUGAACAUUCAAAAGCAGCUCAAAAGAGCUUUCCAAAACCUGCCGAGCGAGGCGAGCUCGCCCUGUCGUUGCAGACCCGUGUGCCGAAGGUGACAACACAACGCGUUGGCUGUCAGAAUGACAGAAGCGUCUCGAGUGUGACCAUGUCGUCCAAGUUGCCCGAAGAGGACCUGACGUGUCCUGUGUGCUUCGACAUCUUCACCGAUCCUGUCCUGCUCCCAUGCAGCCACAGCUUCUGCCGGUCCUGCCUGCAGAACUUUUGGGAGACCCCAGUUUCCCGGAGCUGCCCCAUUUGCAGGAGGAAAGCCUCAAGAAAGGAGCCUCCAAGCAACCUGGCUUUGAGGAACCUGUGCGAGGCCUUCGUGCAAACCCAGAACUGGAGGUGUGAGAACGAGAAGAAGGCGGCGUGCCCGCAGCACGGCGAGAAGCUGAAGCUCUUCUGCAUAGACGACCAACAGCCCAUCUGCAUGGUGUGCCAAGCUUCGAGAAUGCACAAGGGUCACGAGUGCGCUCCCACAGACGAGGCCGCUCUGGACUGUAAGAAGCAGCUCGAUUCUGCUCUGAAGACACUGAAAGACGAGCUGGAUGUCGUGAUGAAACUCAAAACUACUUCAGCUAUGACACUCGAGCAUAUCCAGAGUCAGGCCCAGCUAAUCGAGACCGGAAUGAAACAUCAGUUCAUGGUGCUUCACCGGUUUCUGCGUGAGGAGGAGGAGGCUCGGCUCGCCGCGCUAAAAGAGGAAGAGACGAAGAAGGUCCUCGCCGUGAAGAGAAGAGUCGGAGAGCUGGCGAACAGGAUCUCUUCUCUCUCAGACAUCAUCGGUCGCACGGAGCGGGAGAUCGCCGCUGACGAUUUGAAGCUGCUGCAGAACUUCAGAUCUGCCAUGAUAAGAACUCGGAGCUCAGCACCAAAUCCGGAGGAGUUUUAUGGGGCGUUAAUAGACGAAGCCGAGCACCUGAGUAACCUGAAGUUCAGGGUCUGGGAGAAGAUGCAGGAAGUUGCUCCUUACUGUCCUGUGACUCUGGACCCGAACACAGUGCACCCGUGUCUCAGGCUGUCAGAAGACCUCAGCAGCGUCCAUUACUGCAGCUCGGGUUGUCCUCUUCCCACCAAUCCUGAGCGCUUCUGUGUGAGCGCGGAGGUCCUCGGCUCCACAGACAUCUGCUCCGGGACGCACGCCUGGGUGGUGGAGCUGGGAGAGAGCGAUGACUGGAUCCUGGGUGUAGCCAGCGUGUCUGUUAAAAGGGACCUGGAGGUACCGGCACGCCCGGAGAACGGGUUCUGGACUCUGUGUAUGCGGGAUGGAGAGUACAGAGCGAUGGAGUCUCCUGUUAGGACGUUGAAGGUGAACAAGAAGCUGGAGAGAGUGCGAGUGGAGGUGGACUGGGACACGGGGGAGGUUUGUUUCUCUUGUCCCGAUGACGGACAAAUGCUGCACAGGUUCACGCAGGUGUUCACGGAAAAGGUGCUGCCGUAUUUCUACACACAGUGCGAAAAGCCUCUCAGGAUUCUACCCCAGCUGGUGAUGAUUUCAGUAAAGAACAACUGAGAUGUAUGGAAUAAAUGUGUUAACAGGAAGCAGAUUAUGCUUGGCAUGCUGAUAUGGGGGACUGAGGAGAAGGUUAUGAGUUCAGUCCUCACCACUUAAAAGCUGCCAGUGUUGAACAAAUCCUCACUUGCACUUUGGAGGUAAAGGUCAGACAAUAGAAGAAGUUUCCUUCUUCCUGUUUACAUCCUGUCUGUAGGCUCAUUCUCAAAAUCGUACCAACCAGCGGCACUGAAUCUUUAAAGUCACCCAAAACACAAAGAAGGAAUUUAGAUGUUAUGAAUUUAUGUGUGAUUGUGAGCACACUGGCUUAUUUACGAUACAGAGGCGUGUCCUCUGGUGCUCGUUUGCAUAUUAGAAUCUGAUUGGCCCUUGUAUUUUAUAACGUAAUAACCCCUCAGAACUAAUACAUAUUAUAUAUUUCACUGAGAUACUUAGCAUCCUUUGAAGUAUGAGAUCACUUUUCUUCAGGAAACACUUUAUCCUGGUCAGGGUCCGGAGUCGUUACCGGGAACGUUGGAGGUGAGACGGGAAAUGCACUUGGGAUGAGACGCUGGUCUGUUGUAGGGCAUCGUUCACUCACAUUCACACCAAGGGCCUAGAGACACCUACACGUGUGUUUUUGCAAUGUGAGACGAAACUAGAGUAAUAAUAAUAAUAAUAAUAAUAAUAAUAAUAAUAAUAAUAAUAAUAAUAAUAAUAAUAAUAAUAAUAAUGUGAUCAUUGUGUAGCAUGAUUUUUACUAUACACAUGUUUAAUAGACUUAUGAAUAAUAAUAUAUUAAAGACAUCUAUAGUGCAUAUUUUUAAUGUAAACAUAUUUUCUCACUGCUCCUGCACAGCUACUUGAAUAAAAACAGUACAAGUUGUGUAUUUCAGAUCUAAUUUAUUUUUUUAAUUACAUAAUUUUUUGAACUAAUCAAAUAUAUAAAUAUCACCCUGUGUCCGGAAACUGCGAAUAAAUAUACAACACGUUAUAGAGUAGCUUUAUAGUGUACAAAACCUGACAACAGAAGAGAUAUGGAUAAUGAUGGCGAUGAGCAUGUGUGACCACACGAUGGCGCCAAAACUACAGAAAUAAAACGGUUUAAUCUCG